UUCGGAUCUUUUGUAAUCGUAAAAAAAUUUAGAAGUUAUUUUUUAUUUAUUUUUAAAUUUUAAUAAAAAUUUUUUUGGAAAAAAAAAGUGACGGAUGAAGGUGGAUGCUCUUAUUUAAUUUAUACGCAAGAUUCCACUUAUAAUUUUUUUUUGAUUUAUAAUAUUUACUUAUUUAUUAUUAAAUAAAUUUUUUGCGAAAGUUACGAAACGUUUUAAGUGCCUAAUCGGCACCCACGCGGUUUGGUUCCAAAAUUCCCAAGCCAGCUCUCCCUCCCGGAGUUUGAGCGGAUCAUCAUCAGACACGGCCAGCUAGCACGCACUCAUAACUGACGGUGGAGAUGGGCGGGCUGUAUACCGAAGGGGUUCCAGUUUCCUUCAAAAUCCCCUCCGGUACAAACCCUAAUUUUCCCUCUCUCUCGCUCGCUAUCGCCUCCACUCCGUCCUCCCCGAACCCUUCCAAAACCCUCCUGCUCCUUCUCUGCUCUCAUAUCGAUCGACAUGGAGUUCUGGGGAAAAAAAUGACAGAUGCACCAAGACCUAAUUCUACAACAAUGGAGGAUGCUAAUAAUGCAAGAUGGCUACCAAGGAUUGAUAUGUUGUUUGAGAGUGAAAAUGAGGCAUAUGAGUUCUAUAAUACAUAUGCUGAGAAUGUAGGUUUCUUUGUCCGAAGGUCGACGCUCUGGACAACCUCAAAGAAUAUCAUUACUAGGAGAACAUUUGUAUGCUCAAGAGAAGGCUUUCGUGAGAAGAAGAAAGGGGCAAAGGAGGCGAAGUGUCCACGGCCUGAAACAAGAAUUGGUUGCCCAGCAUGCAUGACCAUCAGGCUUACACCUAAUGGAAGAUACCGUGUGACAGAAUUUGUACCAAACCACAACCAUCAGCUUGCGGCAGCAUCUACUAUUCAUAUGUUGAGGGCCAAGAAAAUGAGACGUAAGGCUCGAGCUGUAAGAGCAGAUUUGGUGGAUGACACGGUGAGAACACCGGAAUUUGAAACUGAAGAUGAGGCCUAUGAAUUUUAUAGCAUGUAUGCUGGAAGAAUAGGAUUCAGCAUCCGAAGAGCAAGCAUGACAAUGAGUGCUGAAAAUGUUAUCACUAGAAGGAUGUUUGUGUGUUCAAGAGAAGGUUUCCGUGAGAAGAAAAAAGGAGCAAAGAGGGUGAAAAAACCCCGCCCAGAAACUAGAACUGGUUGCCCAGCAUGCAUGAUCAUCAGACUUACACCUAGUGGCAAAUAUCAUGUGACAGAGUUUGUUACAUACCAUAAUCACCCACUUUCAGUCCCCUCUUCAACUGACUUGGUGAUGUCACAUAGUGUAGAAAAUGGUCAAGAUGAUGAAUCGGACAUGGCUGAUGGAUCUGCAGAUGAUACUGUGCACAAGCAAGCUCGGAGUCAUCAAAGCAUUAGUUUGCUUUCUUUAGACAGUAAGAAUUACCUAAGAUCCAAGCGUGUGAAGUCCAUCCAGGUAGGGGAUGCAGGGGCCACAUUGGAAUACUUACAAAAGAUGCAAGACAAUAACCCAUCAUUCUUCUAUGCAGUACAAGUUGAUGAGGAUGAUAACAUGACUAACUUUUUCUGGGCAGAUGCGAAGUCUAUGAUGGACUACAACUACUUCGGCGAUGUGGUGUGUUUUGACACAACCUACAAAAUUUAUGGUUAUGGUAGACCAUUUGCAUUAUUCAUUGGUGUGAAUCAUCAUAAGCAAAUUGUCAUUUUUGGGGCUGCGUUGCUAUAUGAUGAAGGCACAGAAUCAUUUAAGUGGUUAUUUGAAACGUUCAAGUCUGUGAUGAGUGGAAGUCAACCCAAGACAGUUUUAACCGACCGUGAUGCAGCAAUGAGUGAAGCAAUAGCUGCAGUUUGGCCUGGCACGAGUCAUCGUUUUUGCGUGUGGCAUAUUUAUCAGAAUGCAGUUGAGCAACUAAGUCAGGCAUUUCAUGGUUCCAGAACUUUAGGAUAUGAUUUCGGUCGAUGUCUUUUUGAUUUUGAAGAUGAGGAAGAGUUUCUAUCAGCAUGGAAAACAAUGUUGCAGAAGUAUGAUCUCCAGGACAAUCAAUGGUUGGCAAAGCUAUUUGAUGAAAGGGAGAAAUGGGCACUGGUAUAUGGGCGUGAAACAUUUUAUGCAGACAUCAAAAGUGUCCAACAGAAGGAGAACUUGAGUACUGAGCUCAAGAAAUAUUUAAGCCCAGAAAGGGAACUUUUGAGCUUUUUUGAGCAUUAUGAGAGAAUACUGGAUGAGCGACGAUGUGCAGAACUACAAGCUGAUGCUAAUGCAAAUCUAAGUACUAAAAAACCACCUUCUAUUCGUAUGUUGAGGCAAGCUGCAAAUGCUUAUACACCAGCUGCAUUUAAAAUGUUUGAAAGAGAAUUUGAGUUGUAUAUGGAUUGUAUGUUGUAUGGUUGUGGUGAAACUGGAACAAUUUCUAACUAUAGGGUUACUGUCGAAGAGAAAGCUAAAGAUCACUUUGUGAAAUUUGAUUCUUUAGAUGGUACAGUGACCUGCAGUUGCAAGAAGUUUGAGUUUAUUGGGAUUCAAUGUCGGCAUGUGUUGAAAGUACUUGACACUAGAAAUAUUAAAGAACUUCCACCACAAUACAUCGUGAAGAGGUGGAGGAAAGAUGCAAAGGCUGGAGUUUUGAGUGAUAAUUGUCCAUUUUCUUUUGACAGUGAUCCUCAAUCAUCCUUAUCCAAGCGUUAUAACUAUUUAUGUCGCAUUUUCAGUAUAGCUGCAGCAAGGGCUGCUAAAAGUGUAGAGUCAUAUGCAUUUAUCGAGAGUCAGUCAGAUAUGCUUAUGGAUCAAGUGGAUCAAGUUUUGCAAGCAAGACCUUCUGAGAUGCCUGCACUCAUCACCACUUCAUGCGAUCGAUCACAAAAUUCGUUAGAAAGUGCAGUUGCUGGAACCUUAUGCUAUGAUAAGGCAAACCAAGCGAGUUUCAUUGGUAGUGCAGCUAAUGGAUUACUCAUCCAGCAUUCCCACCCAACCAUGUGUUGGGGGCAGUUCCCAGCUGGACCACCAGAACAUUGAGGAAGGCCAUUGUAGAUGGGAUUUCAUUUUGGGGUUCCCUAUGAUCUAUGUAAUAAUAUUAUUCAACUAAAGCACUUAGUGCGGAAUAUGAACUUGGUUCUCUUUUCUGGUCGGUUAAAGCGUGCAUGAAUGUUUUUCAUAAUUCUGAUGCCAGGAAAUGGUUGUUCAGAUUUUGUCAGGUACGAAUACUAGAAUUGAUGUGUGUUUCAGUCGAAGCAAAAUAAACUGCAUUUUCCUCUAUUGGCAGGUUUCUUUUGCCUUCGCAUGCUGCAGAUGGCCUAAAGAAAAAGCUGGAAUUAUUUUAUAUUUUAGGACCAUAUCAUUCUAAUCACAUGCAGGAAACAUCAACAUGACUGGUCUAUAAGCUGCAUUCUUCACAACUAUUUUUGCUAAAAUUAUAUAGUUCGGCCUACGUGGGUAGGCACUAAGUUUAGGUUCACAUGUUAAUGCAGAUGUUGAAUGUUAUAGGGUGUGGAGUUUCCAGGGUUUGUACUUUUGUAUAUUUCUCUGUUUUAUUAAGAUCUUUAAUUGUAAGUUACUAUUGCCUUAGAAUUCAAAAGGUAUAUGAAUAUCUGAUUAUUCAGAUGAUUUGCACCAA